GUUUCAUCGUUUCUGCUCUGUUGUUUAUGGUUUGUGGCCCAUCCCAGUUCGCUGUGAAUGUGUUUGCCGUUUCCAUAAUAAAAACACCGUCGAUUUAUGGAUAUUUACUGUUUUUGAUAAGCUAAGCGGCGAGGAUGCCCGAAGAUAAGAAAAUGGCAGUCGACAGUGAUACCCUCUCUUCCAAAAAAUCAUCCACUAAAGUUUCCACUAAAGUUUCCAUGCUAGAUGGCACCGUUCUGUCCAUUAGUAUCGACAGGAAGGCCAAAGGCAAGGAACUGCUUGACAAAGUUUGCGAAGCAAUCAAUCUGAUAGAAAAAGAUUACUUCGGCCUCGUCUACGCGGACCGACACGACUCGAGAAAUUGGCUGGAUUUAGAAAAAAGAAUAAGUAAGUUCACCAGAGGUGAACUGUGGUCGUUCAGCUUCGAGGUAAAGUUCUAUCCCCCGGACCCGGCCCAAUUGCUGGAGGAUAUAACGAGAUACCAUUUGUGUCUUCAAAUUCGAAAUGAUAUUCUAAACAAUCGUCUGCCGUGUUCAUUCGUCACUCACGCCCUGCUGGGGUCCUACCUGGUCCAGUCCGAAUUGGGCGAUUACGAUCCCGAAACCAUGAGGAAGAAUUACGUGAGCGAAUUCAAGUUUGCUCCCAACCAGAACGAGGAUCUCGAACAGAAAGUUAUGGAGUUGCAUAAGACUCACAAGGGACAGACGCCUGCUGAAGCUGAAUUGCAUUAUCUGGAGAAUGCUAAGAAGUUGGCAAUGUACGGUGUAGAUUUGCACCCGGCUAAGGACUCGGAAGGCGUUGAUAUUAUGUUAGGUGUUUGUGCCUCUGGUUUGUUGGUAUACAGAGAUCGGCUUCGAAUUAACCGAUUCGCUUGGCCGAAAAUCAUUAAAAUCAGCUACAAAAGGCACAAUUUCUAUAUAAAAAUUCGUCCGGGAGAUUUCGAACAAUUCGAAUCCACCAUCGGAUUUAAAUUGGCUAACCACAGAGCAGCUAAGAAGUUGUGGAAAACCUGCGUUGAACAUCAUACGUUUUUCAGAUUGAUGUCUCCGGAAACCAAUCAGAAAUCAUCCCUAUUUCCGAAACUGGGUUCGAAAUUCCGGUAUUCCGGACGAACUCACUACGAAACCAAGAAAACACCCAUCGAUCGUCCGGCUCCGCAGUUCGAACGUUCCCUAACCGGCAAACGUUUGGCUUCGCGUAGCAUGGAUCCACUCGGUGGAUUACGAACCGAAGACGAUUUUAACGAAGCGAACAAACGACACACCAUGUCUCACCCUCCGGAACAUAUUCCGGACAUCGACAGUCAAGCGCCGGCGGCCGUGAAGUCUCCCAAGGAGAAAAAGGAGAAAGAAAAGAAAACGAAGCCUGUCGGCGGAGUCGCUGUUUUGCCCGCUGGUAGUCUGUUUGGCAAAAAAAGCGAUAAAGACAAAGACAAGGAAAACCGCGAUUUAAACGCUCCUCAACAGAACGGAGUCGAUGAAUCGCAGUUAAAUACCACUAACGAAAGCGAUAAGAGCCCUGGCGAUAAAAAGGAGAAAGGAAAGAGCCUCGGUUUUCCGUUCGGUUCAAAGAAGGACAAAACGCCCAAGGAGAAGAAAGAAGCUGAAAAACUCGCCGCCGGCGCCGAUAAAGACAAGGGCGGCCCGCCCGUCGGGUCGCCCCAAUUGCCCGGCUACACCAGACAGUACGAUUACGAGGAGCCCGAAACCGCCGAAGCCACCCCGCGAAAACCCGUCAUACAAGGUUUCAGCUACGACAAACAGAGCCCUACCAGCCCCAAGGAAGAGCAGAAGCUACCCCAAUCGCCCGGCAAAAGAGCCACUGCUACCGCUUUCAAUUACGCCCCCGGCGAUGUGAGUAAAAUAAAGAAAGAUCCAUUGUUUAAAGAUCCCAAGUCGGAUAGCGCUGCUUUCAUCGAAGGCGAGAAAUACGCCCACGAAGCACCUUCUAAAGCGGCGGCUGCGUCUCCAGUCCCAGCUGCCGGUCCAAAGAAAACUGUACCCAUCACUUUGUAUGUUGUUACCGGCAACAGAGACAGCAAAACCGGUUACAUCGAUUUAAGUACGGCUACAGCCGAGAAAACUGUAGGCGAGAAACACUUAGAUACCGGCUUAAUCGAUUGCAAGUACGGUUUAAUCGAUCCUUCGAACGGUACGGUGAUUAUAACAGACCGUACGAACGGGCAAAAGGAAGUUGUCCAGGGUCACGUCGAUCCCGUUACAAAGCAAAUCAUAAUCACCUCCGGAUCGGUCAUAGAUCCGAAAACCGGAAACAAAAGUUCGACAUUGGGCCAGAUUAUUUCUAUCCAAGCUUCGCCGAGCUCGCCAGUCGGCAAGCUUCCUUUGGUGCCCAAGAAGAGGAUCAUAAAAAUCACCAUCACCACCGCCAAGAAAGACUCGAAGAGCGGUCGCGUCGAGGCCGAGAAGGGCCACACCGAGACCGUGGCGGCCAUUUUAGACCCCGUCACCGGCAAAAUCGAAACCAAAACCGGAGUAAUCGAUCCCGGCAACGGCACGAUCGCCUCGAGGGAUCCCAAAACCGGCAAAACGGAGGUCUAUCCGAUCGAAAUCGACACGAAUCUCGGGCACUUCGUCGUACGAAACGGCGUCGUCGACGCCAAAUCGAACAAAAUAGACAACAGCUUGGGCCAGUUGAUCAAAAUAUCGGAACAAGGCGAUCCCAUCGUACCAGUCACGGCGCUGACCGCCAAGCGCGAUCAAAAAACCGGGCAAUUGGAUCCCGCCAACGCCCACAAGGAGACUACCAACGCCAAAAUCGACGCCAAGAACAACCUGCUAAUCACCAAAUACGGUACCGUCGAUAUGAAGAACUUGAAGAUCAAAUCGCGCGAUCCUAAAACAGGAAAAAUCGAAGAGCACGCGAUUCAAUUAGAUACGAACGGUAACGUGAUCGUAUUAAACGGCGUGAUAGAUCCCAGAACGGGCAAUCGCGAUAAUUCAUUGAGCCAGAUAUUACAAAUCCAGUCGGAAAUCGAUCCGGAAAUAGUAAUUACCUCGCAAGGCGGCAAAGUCGACAAAAAAGGACUCGACCCGAAAACCGUAACGGCUCCGGAAAAAUCCAUCGGCAUGUACGAUCCGGAAUCCAACAAAGUCUACACCAAAUACGGCGUGAUAAAUCUAAUUAACGAGACUUUGAGUUUCGUCGAUCCUAAAACGAACAAAACCGAAGUCAAGCAAGGCGUUAAAGAACCGUCGGGCGAUUUGCUCUUUAAAGGCCUCGUCAACCCGAAAUCGGGAAAAAUCGACAGCAGUUACGGCAGGGUAAUUAAGCUCGAAUUGAGCGAGAACAAAGCCGAUCCCAGCAUCGCAAGCUCGCUCGUUCCCGCGGGAAAAGUCGAACCGAAAGGCGUGCCGGUAUCACCGGUCAAACUGCCCCAACCUUCUCCUAGCAAAGGCAAAAGUAAAGUGGUUAAAAUACUCACGAUCACGGCGAAGCGAGACCCGAAAACGAACCAACUCGAUCUGGAACACGGCCACGUCGACCAAUCGGCCGGAAUACUCACCCCCAACGGCGAAAUCGAAUCCAAAUACGGCCUGAUCGAUCCCAAACGGGCCACCCUCACCAUCAUCGACCCCGCCACCGGUAAACAAGAAACCGUCCAGGGGCACAUCGACCCGUCCGGCGGGCAAUUGCAGAUACCCAACGGUCCCGUCAUCGAUCCGCGCACCGGCAAGAAGGACCCCGCGCUCGGCCAGAUCAUCGCCAUCGCCUCGUACGAACCCAAAGACGAGGUGCCCGUCAAGAACCUCCUGCCGUCGCAUCCGGUGCCCAAGAAACGCGUCGUUAAGAUACUCGUCAUCACCGGCAAAAAGGACCCGUCCACCGGUAAAAUCGACACCGAGAAAGGCACCGUGGAGAAAUUAACGGCUACAGUCGAUCCGGUGAGCGGCAUCAUCGAAUCCAAGUACGGGAAAAUCGAUCCGCAGAACAGGAAGUGCGUCACCAAAGACAAAUCCGGCAAGCCCGUCGUCACGCCGAUUAAAAUCGACGAUAAUACCGGGCAAAUUUACUUGGACGACAACGUGAUCGACAGCAAAACGGGUAAAAUCGAUCACGGUUUGUCGCAGGUGAUCAACGUGGUCGAUCCCCAACACCCCGCUGUGGUAAUCACCACGAUCACCACCACCAGAGACGCCAAAACGGGAGCGAUCGAUUUCAAGAACGGCAAAACCGAAAUUAGCAACGGUAAAAUAAUCCCCGAAACCGGCGAAAUCGUCACGAAACAAGGCACCAUCAGCCUCAAACUGAUGAGAAUCACCGCCAGAGAUCCCAAGACGGGACUCAUCCAAGAAAAACCCGUUCAAGUCGACAAAGACGACAACAUCAUCAUCUCGACCAGCGGCAACGGCGUGGAAAUCGUACAAGUCGGCGCCGAAGUGGAUCCCGAAAUCCAAAUAAAAACGCUGACGGGUAAAAUCGACUCGAAGAAGAACACGAUCGAUUCGAAGAGCGCCACGCCGGAGGUCACGCCCGGUUUGUACGAUCCCGAUAAGAACGUGAUUUACACGAAAUACGGCCACUUGGAUCCGAUAUCGGAGACUCUGUCGAUCAUCGAACCGAAAUCCGGCAAAACCGAAGUCAAGCAAGGCCACAUCGAGCCCAACACCGGCGAUUUGCUGUUCAAAGCGUGCGUUACGAGCCCCAAGACCGGCAAAAUCGACAAAGACCUCGGCAGGGUACUCUCGGUUCAUAUAAUAGAACCUCCGAUCGAUUCGAUCACCUCUCAACACCCGUCUACGAAAGAAAUGCAACGUACUUCUCCUGUUAAAAUACCUCAAAAGGUAACCACGUCUCCGGUUAAAACCGCACCCCCGGCUCCUCCGGUUAAACUGGCGACUCCUGUUAAAUCGGCGAGUUUGGAAACCCAACCGCAGGAGGUCAUCACUGGGGUGUUACAACCGAUAGCCAAGCACCGCAUCGUUAAAAUCAUGGUUAUAACAGGCAAAAAGAACGCCGCUACCGGUUUCGUGGAUACAGAAAACGGUACGAUCGAGCAUUCUACUGGCAUAGUAGACCCGAAAAACGGCCUGGUCGAAACCAAAUACGGAUUAUUAGACCCCACCACCGGUUCGUUGAUAACCAAAGAUGCUACUGGGAACAGCCAAAACGUAUCCGGUAGAGUGGACCCAUCCACCGGUAACAUAAUCAUCAACGGGGGCCCGGUUAUCGAUCCGGCUACCGGAAAACCGGACCCGACUUUGGGACAGGUAUUUACUAUAGUGGGAUUGAAGCAAGCCCAAGACUCUAAUGCUGCGCCCGUACCCAAGAAGAGGGUCAUCAGAAUAACGGUGAUCACGACGAAAAUCGAUCCGAAAACCGGUAAAAUCGACAACGAGAAAGGCCAAAUCGAGCAAUCCACCGCUCUGCUCAACCCCGACACCGGAUUGAUCGAGUCCAAAUACGGAUUAAUCGAUCCCAAGAACGGUAAAAUCAUCAUCAACGAUCAAAAAUCCGGAAAAGUCGACGCCAAAUCGGCUCUAGUAAACGACAUCACCGGUCAAAUAAUCGUUUCGAGCGGCGUGAGCGAUCCCAAAACGGGCAAGAUCGACAACUCCUUGGGACAAAUAAUCAGCAUAGCCGGCCAAAACGAUCCCAUAUUAGAAAUAACGACUAUCACCGCCAAAAGGGAUCCGAAAACCGGAUUCGUCGACGUCCACAACGGCCACAUGGAGACCUCCAAAGCGCAGAAAAUCUCGUCGACCGGCGAAAUCAAAACGAAAUACGGCACGAUCAACACCAAAGAGCAGAAAAUCACCGCCGCCGAUCCGAAGACCGGCAAGCUCGAAUCCAGGCUGAUCCAAAUCGACGAGGAAAACAACUUCAUCGUCCCGACGGGCGUGAGGGACCCCAAGAGCGACACCGUCAACCCGGAGCUCUGCCAAAUCAUCAAAAUGGGUCCGGAAAUCGAGCCGGAGGUCCAAAUCGUCACGUUCUCGGGUAAAAUCGAUUCGAAGAAGAACGUGAUCGAUACGAAAAACGUCGCCUACGACAUCUCCAACGGCUUGUACAACCCCACGACGCACAAAAUCGACACGAAACUCGGCCAAAUCGACCCCGUCAAAGCCACCCUGACGCAUACCGACCCCAAAACGGGUCGCGUCGAAGUCAAACAGGGCACCAUCGAUCCCACCACGGGGCAGAUACUGUUCAAAGGCUACCCCAAUCCGAAAACCGGACGAAUCGAUACGAACUACGGUCGAUUGGUAGCCGUGCUGAUUAACGAUCCGAAGAUAAACGAAGCCGGUGAAACUAUUAAAAAAGAGAAGAAGAAGGUACGAAUCGACCCCAAGAACAAUCAAGUGUGGGUGUACGAUUACGACGAUCCUAUUACUAAAAACGAGAUAUACACGACCGGUCAUAUCGAUCCGGUAACCGGUUACAUAGUCACCGUGACCGGACAAGCCGACCCCAAAUCCGGUUCGGUAGCGAAACUCACGAAGAUCGAUCCGAAUUACGUGAAAGUCGAUCCUCAUUCGAACCAGGUGUUCACCAAGACGGCCCAGCUCGACGACACCGGCGCUCCUCUGUACUCCGCCUCCGAAAUCGAUCCCAAAAACGGACAGAUCUACACGAAAUACGGCAAAAUCGACCCGAAAACCGGCAAAUUCGUCAUCGUACGCAUUUACCUGGUGUCCCAAACCGACCCGCAAGGGAAGUCCAAGGAAAUCGACCCGGACGACUGUCAAUUCGACGAGAAAACCGGCCGCAUCAUCAACGUGACGCGAGAAACCGUCUACAUCUACAGCAUAGUCGAUCCCAAAACCGGCAAAGUGGUGCAGGUGGACCCCAACGAUCCGCUGGUGAAGAGCGCCGACACCAAAGUCACCCAAGUGCUCACGCUCACCGGCGAAAUCGACCCGGUCACCGGUAAAAUCCACACCGAAUGGGGCCACAUCGACCCGCAAACGGGCGACAUCGAUCCGAAGACGGCGCGCCGCGACCCCGUCACCGGCGAGCUGGUGCUCAACUACGCCCAAAUCGAUCCCACGCACUUCAAGGACCUCAAAGACACCAAGGUGAAGGUGAAGACCUACGCCAAGGGCGCCGACGGCUCGUCGGACGAGACCAGCGACGACGAUUUGGCCGAGUACGCCGCCGACAAUCUGCAGGAUCUCACCAAUUUGAAGGUGUCGCGCGGCAAAAAGGGGCCCAGCACUCCCGUCAUCGUCAAGACGACCACCAAGCAGGUGGUGACGAAGGACAAGGGCGGUCUCACGCAGAACAUCGAGGAACGCGUCGAGGACGGCCGUACCGGCGAAAUUACCUAUUCCACGCAAGUCAAUAAGGCUGACGUACCGUCGGACGACGUGAAAUCGCCGUUCAUCACCGCGCGCGCCGUCACCACCAGGACGGCCACCACGCACGAAGAUUUGGGCACCAACGCCCGCACCCAGCAGCUCGAAGAGAAGACGGUCGCCCACUCGAUGACGUCGAGCGCCACGAGGCAGGAGCAGCGCACCGUCAGGCAGGAGGUCAAGACCACCAGCACGGUAGUCAGCGGAGAGCAGCUGGUCAGACGGGACAGCGUCAGUUCGACUAGUUCAGGCGAUUCGGGGACGCCCAUCGAUCCGCCCGACGAUCCGAAUCACCCCUAUUACAACAGCCCGUUGUACAAGGACAAUUUGCCGGAGGGCAUCGUGCAAACCGAGAGCAUAGUCUACAGAGGCGAUCCGACGGUCGUGCAUUCCACCACGAACGUUCCCGUGGUGGCGACGGAGGCGCGAAAAGUGAAUUUGACCUCCGACGAUGGGGCGUACAGCGCCACCGGCGAAAUCGUUAGCACGCAAACCAUCAGCUCCAAAACUAGAACCGUCGAAACCAUUACAUACAAAACCGAGCGAGACGGUGUAGUGGAGACUCGAGUCGAGCAGAAAAUAACGAUACAAUCCGACGGCGAUCCGAUCGAUCACGAUAAGGCUUUGGCCGAAGCCAUUCAAGAAGCGACGGCUAUGAAUCCGGAUAUGACGGUGGAGAAAAUCGAAAUACAACAACAGACGACCCAAUAGAGGGGGGCCGUUAUUUUUUAUAAGCUAUUCACGGUAAACGGACGUUUAUCGGCUAUUUUUUAAUCCCGAAGCGAAUUAGCACUUGUAUUCCCACGGUAUUUUCCUUCGCUAGCGACGAGCAUCUGCUUUAUUGUAGUUUCGGAAUGACGUGCGUUCUAUUUGAACUUCACGCAGCUAUAUACUUAUUAAAUAAAAUCAGUUUAAUUGAACUUGUAACUGGAUUUAAGCGACGUCAUUUCGAAAUCCCAUUUUAUCAAUUUUACUUUUUAUUAACUUAUUCUACCUUACGUUUUUUUUACAAAUUGUUUUUUUGUAUAUCUUGUCUUCUGGCAGGUUUAGGUGAGAUUUUUUUGUUAUAUAUAUUUUUUAUAUGUUGUGUCAAACACUAUAUUUCUACAAUUAUUUAUAUAUUGAUUCAAUGUAACCCUUUCUAUGUACUAAAUGUGUAUUUACCAAGAGCUGACGAUGCUUUUGCCCUUCAACAAUAUUUGCGUAAUGCGUUAAGGUGCUUUAAGAAAUAUUGUAUGAUUAUAAAUAUAUGAAUCUCGAAUCGAAAAGAGUAAUUAAACAACAGAUGUGUUCAACAAAGUUAAAGAUUUACGUCUAACGCCCACAUUCCAAUAUUGUCUAAUAAUUAUAAAUAAAAUAAAAUAUUGAUAUAAAUGUAACUGUUGAUAUUUGAAAAAUUUUAUUCGUUUCAAAAUGAAUGGUAGCUAUUUAGUAAUAAGGGGACCUUCGACGUUUUUCGUAAUUUUUAUGACAAUAAGUGCCACAAAAAUUCAAGUCUGAUUUUCUCUCAGUUUGCGUAAUAGAUCUCAGAAAAGAAUCCUGUUAAUUGAAACGUUUGUUUCUUAUUUAAACUACAUUGCUCCUUCAUAUUGAUUAACCUUUGUUGAGCUAAAUGUUGAAAUUAUUUGUGAACCAUGACAUAAAGGGUGGCUAAUUCUUUUUGUAACUUGCGACUCUCAAAUAAAUACGCUUUCUGUUUCUGUCCGGAAAAUUUUGAUAUUCUCUAAAUUUUUUAUUGUAUGCUUUUGAAUGAAAUUAGUUUAGGUUUUUUCUAUUGAUGUAUUUCUUGGUAUUACUUAAAGUAGAUGCACCUGAAAUGGUUGUACUUUUUCUUUGUCUAUGUCUACUACUACAAAAGUGGAUUUCGAACAGCAAUUUUUUCUUGUAGUAUUGCUUUAUUUUUAGCUAUAUAGUUGUUCGUACAUGAUUCACAUUUGUUUUAUUUUAUAAUUUUAUUUCAAUAAAGAUGUUUG